CGAAUAAUCAGUCGCGCGGGAUCCGUGGCGGCGUAUGGUCGUGUUCACGACACAAGCACCGCAACCCACACGCUCAAUCGAAAGUAUUUACGAUAGAUAAAACUUUUUUAACUAUCUUUUUGCUGUGAAUCGUGAAUAGUGAACUUUUGUGGUAAAAAAGACAUCAUGUCAAGUUAAAAUUUUUGAGUUCUUCUUAAAUAUUAAUAUUUUCCAAAUGAAGAUGACAGUAAACCGCAUAAGGGUGGUGGUGCUCGGGAGCCCGCGGAGUGGAAAAUCUGCGGUAGUCGUGAGAUACCUGACCAAGCGGUACAUCGGGGAGUACAGUUCCACUGGAGAUUUCCUUUAUCAGCACCGAGUGGCUUUCGAUGGCGCCGUCUCCGAAGUGGAAAUUCUGGACACCUCUAAUUGCGCGAUUCGCGGUUGCUUGGCGGAGCACGUGCGAUGGGGCGAUGCGUUUGCAGUAGUGUACUCCGUGUGUGAACGACGCUCGUUCUUGGCUGCAGCUGAACUAUUAUCCUUGUUGGAACGUACCCGGCUCCCAGGCUGUGCGUCUGUCACCCUCUUGGGGAACAAAAGAGACCUCGAACACGCCAGGGAGGUCCACGCAGAAGAGGGUCAGGAGCUAUCGCUUCGAUUUGGGUGUCAGUUCUAUGAGGUGUCGGCGGCGGAGUCGUGCGCCGGUGCAGCGUUGGCUUUCCACGCGCUGCUGCGGGAGGCGCGUGCGUUGGCGCUGCUACUGCCUGCGCCCAGGCGGAAACUUGCUGCCUAUUCUGUUUCUAAGGUAAUCGGCACAAUAUUCGGGAAAAACAGUAAAAGUGUGCGGAAGAAACGCCCGUCUCUAAGCAUUUGAAUUAAUAUUUAUUUAAUAUUAUAGAUAUUUAAUAUUAUAUAUUUUUACAAGCAAAAGUGAAAAAAUAUGUUAAUUUUGUUUUAAAACUAGCAAGUCGAUGUUCAUUAAAAAAUAAGAUAUGUAGGUACCUAACUGAUGAUUGACAUUAAAAAACAAAGAAUUGGGACCAUAAAAAUAUACCACCAGCCACAUUAUGAAAUAAAUUACGAUAAUGUACCUAUUUAGACUUACUUUAUUUUAAGUGGUGCUAAAAUUAUCACAUCAAAAAGACCAUACAUUGCGUAGAUUAAGUUUCCCCUUUUGUCAAAAAAAAGAACUGAAUAUCUACUAGAAACAAAAUCGGAAAUAACUUUAAAAUAAAAGCACCUAUCUCUCAAGUGACAAAAUGUAUCAUAUAAUUAAGUUAAUACCAACAACAUUGUGUUAAGUGAUUUACGAUUGCAGCCAUAUAAUUAAAGUAAUUACUUAAGAGUGUAAAUAAUCUCAGUAUUUCCUGUACAUAGUAAUUAAUAAUGUUGUAUAAUUUACACCUCGCAUUAGAGUUACAGCAAUAAGACAAGUUGUAAAUACUAAUUUAAAUAAUAUGAAAGGUCCAUCCAUACCUUGAAUUGGUAAUCCUUAUUAUGUAAGAGAAUCUUAAAUAAACGUUCAUAAAAUAUA